CCGCAUCCCAAGACAGUGAGGUCUUCAUGUUGACUAUGCAAACUUACUGCCUGUUCAUUUCACUGAAUGACUCCUGGUUGUUGUGUAAUCUGAAAAGGGAAAUAACACUUCUUUAUUUUCUCUCUCCACAUAGGUUGCCUAUGGCUACGUCUGCAUUGCAAAGUUUUUGUGCAAAAACCUGUGGAGCGUCCACCUCUUAAAUACACUUUUGUGCAAAGAAAUCAAUAAUAAAACGUCAGAAGAGAGGGCUUUUUUCACAAGAUUGGAAUGGGAUUAACAGGCUUUGGGGUAUUUUUCCUUUUCUUUGGAAUGAUUCUCUUUUUUGACAAAGCACUUUUGGCUAUUGGAAAUGUUUUAUUUGUGGCUGGCUUGGCUUUUGUUAUUGGCUUAGAAAGAACAUUUAGAUUCUUCUUCCAGAAACACAAAAUGAAAGCAACAGGCUUUUUCCUGGGUGGCGUGCUUAUAGUUCUCAUUGGUUGGCCCUUGAUAGGAAUGAUCCUUGAAAUUUAUGGAUUUUUCCUUUUAUUCAGGGGUUUCUUUCCUGUGGUGAUUGGUUUUAUUAGAAGAGUGCCAGUGCUUGGUUAUCUUUUGAAUUUACCUGGUAUAAGCUCACUUGUAGAUAAAGCUGGAGAAAGCAACAACAUGGUAUAAUGUCAAGUGGGCAGAAAUUCUGGUUCUAAAUUUAUUGUAUUAUUUAUAAAGUCCUUUUUGAAGAAUAUUCAGCACAAAGAUUAAAUUGUGUACAAAGGAAGAGCUUGUAACAUUCUUUACAUAAAGGUUUAAUUUAAAAUGUGUAGUCUACAAAAUACAUCAUUAGACAAGAAACUCAGCAAGCAUGCUUCUGAGACAAGCUACUCCAAGAACUUAGGAAGUAAACUGAAGAGAUGAAAGUCAUGGGAUAACCCAUGUUACAACUGUUCAGGACUGGUUUUAAUGUUUUUGGAAAAUAUGCUAACCAUAAUGAACCCUCAUGGAACUAACGGUGCCUGUACUUUACCUCCUUAUUUUGAAGGCUUGGUAGUGUGAACAGGUUGUUAUUUUUAAAGUGUUCUCCUUCUACCUACCUAAUCUACCGCCUGCCACUUCAAAAAAAAAAAGGGGGGGGGGGGGAGGGAAAUAUUACUAUUGUUUAACAAAAUAUGUCUUUCAUGCAUGAAAGUUAAGGUGCAUAAUCAUUUUAAACAUAUGUAACAACACAGCAAACCCCUUUACACUUCUGCUGUAAACAUUUUUGUAAAUGUGUGGCUAAAAUAAAACUUCAUUGUUAUCUUCGUUUUUCAUAGCCAAAUGUAAGUUGAUUGGAUUUGCCUUCAAUUUUGAAAUAUGCAAAAGGUCAGUCUUUACUAAGUUCAGUCUAAAAUCGCAAUUGGUUCAGAAUUUGGACAGUUUAGAUGGGAACUCUUGAUACUGACUUACACUCCUUUGGAUUUUUUUUUCCUUGCUUCAUGUUAAUGUUUCACAUUAAGAUGAGAAUGUAGCCCUUUGCCACUGAAUAAACUUUUGCAUGUCAUGUUUAGUUAAUGAAAUUUGGUUUUCCUACCCAAUAUUUCCUACUCAAUAUGAAACAUGUUUUUAAAAAGUUGGAGGCUCAGGCUUCCUUUUGCCAUAGAACUACCAGUUACAGAUCUCAUUUUUACAAUAACAAAAUCAAAUUUUAAACUGCGCGAGAGUUUCUGAAAAAUUAAAUUAACUAAAAAAUAAAUGCCGGUUUGAAUGUCUAUUUAUACGACUUGAUUGCUGCUUGAUAUCAGUCAUUUGUAAAUUAUUUAUCCCAUCAAUCAUGAAAGCAAUUGGAUAAUUACAGAGUAUGUAUAUUAUCUGAACUAUAACUUUCUUUUGCCUAAAUUGUGGUAAAUGAAAAUUGCAUAUAGUUCAGAGUAGUUUUUUUUCUAAUAUUGUUGGAAUGUCUAAUAUGCAGUUCCAGUAAAUCUGGAUUCAUCGUAUUUUACAUCUAAAAUGAUUGGCAAGUAAUUUGUAUCUGUGCAAACCUUGACUUCAGCAGUUUUUCAGUAUUUUUUUAUUCCAGUAGCAAUAGUCUCAUCAAUCUAAUGAGUGAUUCUUUCGAAAAGUUAGAAAAUACUAAACUAAUUUUUUUUAUAACGUAUUUAAGAUGGGAUGAGCCAUCACAUACAAAAUAUACAUUUCUGGAAGGCGUUUUAAAUCAUCUUUGCAUAGGUGGUGGGUUUUUCAGUUGCAGAUCUAUAAAUCACAUGGCUUAUAUUCUAAAGUUCCAAAUUUACUUUUCUUCUGGGGAACAAUGUAAUGGAAGGUAAAAUGCAAAGCAUUUGGGGAACAAAAUGAAUCGAGUGAUACCCUGGUAGUCCAGUGCAUCUUUAAGCUUAGUCAGUGCGCAUUAUGGCUUUUUAAUUUUAAUAAUGAAAGAACUUGGUUGUGGAUUGGGCUGUUUGGUCUGUUAUUUUCCUGAUGUGUGUUAAUUUACAAACAGGACUAAAUAUCACUUGUGGCGCCUACCUCGAGAAGAAGCUAUUUGAAUUGCCCUGAGUAUCUGUUCUGUUUCAAGCAAUGCCUUUCUGACACUAGUUAAUUUACUUUCUGAACAACCCCAAAUGGGCUUGAAAUACUAGUUUGCAUCAGCUUCAUGAGAAUCAAUUUUAAAAAAAUCAAUGUAUUUCAUUUACAGUAGAUGUGGGAAAAUGCUAUGGUCUUUUCAGUAAUCUAAAGUGCAAAAUCUGGAUUAUACCACAUGACUGUUUGCUGUAGUUCUAUUUUUGGAAGCAAAUUGCUUGAUAAACUUAUGCCAAGAACCUUUCUCCAUAAACAAUUUGGA